CGAGAGUGUCUCGCAACUUUUCGUCUGGAGGACCGGGAAAAAAAUAAUAACGCUGGUUCGAAAGAGGUGGCCAACAAGGGGACCAAUGCUCUUGCCCUGCCAGUCCACCUGAAGCUCCCUUUGCUGCCUGCUGUCCCAUCCAUGACUGGCUCCCACUCACCCAGCGACAGUAGAGGACAGCAGAUUAACCUCUAAGUCUACGACCAGACACAGCCUUCAGUGACCUCCGCAGAACAGGGGGUGACCCAGACACCCCCUGGGGACAUCUGCGUGCCACCACUAUCCUCACCACUGGGGACGUACCCUCUGAGGGUGAUUUCAUGAGCUCGACGUAGCACAGGGAAGCGGGAAACCUGCCGAGAGUUAAAGUGCCAUGCACCGUCACCCCAAGAGCAUCGGAGCAGAAGCAAUGGGGAGGCUGGGGAAGUGACAGAACACCCCAGUGCCGGAAGCCUGGUGAGGGCUGAUUUUUGGAGCUUUUUCAAAGGCAGGCUGAAGGGUGCAACAUGAGCCUGGGGAAGCUGCCGGUGCUGAGCUGGGUGUCAGGCUCCCAUGGCAAGCGGCGGCUGAAGUCGGAGCUGACGCCGGACAUGAUCAGCCCGCCGCUGGGCGAUUUCCGGCACACCAUGCACGUGGGGCGCGGCGGCGACGUCUUCGGGGACACCUCCUUCCUCAGCAACCACGGCGGGGCCGACGCCGCCAAGCCCAACAGCUUCCUGGCGCGGACGCUGCGGCACGUGCGCCGCAGCCCGCUGAAGAGACGGGGCAGCGGGGGCCAGGUGGGCGCCUCGCCCGCGCCCCCCGCCAUCUCGCCCAUCAUCAAGAACGCCGUCUCGCUGCCGCAGCUCAACGAGGCCAUGUAUGAUGGAGACAGCACCAGCAGGGGCUUGACCAGCAAGUUCUCCUUCAAAAGUACCUCCAACAGCUUCUCCAAAACACACCAGGCCUAUGGUCUGGAGUCCGGAUUUUGUACCAUCCCUCGUGUCCCUCGUUUGGAAAAGGCCCAGGAGAGCACCUGUCCCGGGGAGGACGAGCUGGAUCGCUCCGACUCCCUGCUGUCCUUCCGCCUCGACCUGGGGCCCUCCCUGAUGAGCGAGCUCCUCCAGGUGAUGAGCUUCUCUGAAACCAAUGGCAACGAGGUGGGGGAGGAUGGCCCACACCUCCUGUGUGAAGAGGGGACCAAGGACAGGGUCCCUCCAGCAGUGCCUGCAUCCCAUGAAGAGGACAAGGCAGCAUCCAGCUUCUGGGACCACUCCAGGCAGAGCAACGUGUCAGGGGCCAGCUCACUGCCAGGCCUGUCGGUCCAUGCCAACGGAGAGGCACGUGCCAUCGAAGGCGCUGGAGCGAACUCUGUCUGGGCUUCGGGGCCAGGGCCAGUGUCCACAGGGUCCCCGUGGCAAGGCCACUGGAACGACUGCACCAUUGAGGCUGGAGAAUUUGACCGAGCAGCCCAGGUCCUGGCCCGCCAUUACGGUGGGACCAGCACCCCGCGGAGCCCGGAGAAGGCUGAGGGUCCCCGGCAGGCCCGGACACAGACCCCGUGGGAGAGCCCCAGCAGCAGCCUGUGGGGGUCACGAGUGACAAGGGAGAGCCGCUCCCCCGAGGCCAGCUGGAACCAAGGAGAGGAGGAGGAGGAGGAGACCAAGCUCUCCAGCCUGCAGGAAAGCCACAGCGGUGCCCGAGGGGGCCGCAGCAAUUCCUUCGAGUAUGCCGAUGCGGAGGAGGAAGAGGACGAUGAAGUCAAGGUGUGAACAGCCAUCCCGCCCAUCGCAGGCCCCAGCAGAGAUACUGGUGCCAGCAUCUUUGCCCUCCUCCCUGUGCCCCACCCGCUGGUGCUGGUGUCACC